GGUCCUAAGAAUGGCACGCCUGUGGUCCCUCAGUGUGCUGCUCACUGGAUUCCUCCUGCUUCAGACUGGUGGAGUUCAUGCAGGUGACAACGAAUUCCUGGGAAGUCCAUUUAUACAAAGAGCUGUACGUGAAGCCAUUGAACUCGUGGACAACGCUUAUAAGGAGACCCGAAUUAUCCAAAAAGAGCGGCUGAGCAAAAGAUCCUUGAAGGCUGGUGACCUCCUGCGUUUCUUCAAGCACCCAAUGGCAGAGACCAGAGUUGCCGUGCAGUCAGCGGAGUACAUGGAAAACGCACUACGCCUCAUUCAGCACCACGUCCAUCGAGUUCACAAACGCUCACUGAAUACAACAGAUCUGUUAACACCAAGUGACCUGGAUGCCGUUGCACGUGUCACAGGCUGUCUAGCUGUACGUCAGCCCCCACUCUGUAAAUACGACUGUUUUACAGACCGAUACAGGACCUUCACCUCUGUGUGCAACAACAGGAGGAAGCCUCGCCUGGGAUCGUCCAACACUGCAUUCACCCGAUGGCUCCCAGCUCGCUAUGAAGAUGGAUUUUCACUUCCACUGGGCUGGACUCCAAGCAAACGAAUAUCAGGAGCCCUUCUGCCACUGGUUCGUGAAGUGUCCAAUAAAAUCUUGAGAACACGCAAUGAAGACGUGGUCAAUGAUACAAAGGUCACUCACUUGUUUAUGCAGUGGGGUCAGUGGAUUGAUCAUGAUAUGAGUUUAAGCCCUCAUUCUGGCAGCAUCCAGACCUUCAAUGAUGGCAUUGACUGUGAAACAACUUGUGUUCAAAGAAAUCCCUGUUUCCCAAUACGGAUCCCUCGAGGUGACACAAGAAUCAGGGACAGGAGUACAUGUUUGCCGUUCUUCCGGUCAGCUCCUGCGUGUGGCAGUGGUGAGCUGGGCUCAUUGUUUGGAGAUGUCAACACUCGUCAGCAGAUCAACGUACUUACUGCUUUCAUUGAUGUUAAUGAAGUCUAUGGCAGUACAGACUGUCUGGCCAACAAACUCAGAAACCUCACUAAUGAACUUGGCCUGUUGGCUGUCAAUGAGGAAUUCUCUGACAAUGGACGAGAAUAUUUACCAUUUAACACCAUUUCAAGCAACCUUUGUGGAAGUAUGGGGGAAAGUUGUUUCACCAGUGAGAACUCAACUCCGUGUUUUAUAGCUGGGGAUGUACGUGUCAAUGAACAACUGGGGGUGUUAACCUUCCACACGGUAUUUCUCCGGGAACACAAUCGUUUAGCAAGAGAAUUGAAGAGGUUGAACCCUCACUGGAGCGGAGAUACAACUUAUCAGGAAGCGAGAAAAAUCCUGGGAGCUUUUCAACAGAUAAUAAACCACAGAGACUAUGUUCCUCUGGUAAUUGGAGAGGAGGCAACACAGAAAUUUCUCCCACCUUACGAAGGCUACGAUGAAUCUAUCGAUCCCGGUAUUGCCAACGUUUUCGCAACAGCAGCUUUCCGUUUCGGACAUCUCAGUAUUCAGCCAAAGCUAUUCCGUCUCAAUGAAAACUUCCAGGAACACCCACAAUUCAAAAGCAUUGACCUGCACCAGGCUUUCUUCACUCCCUGGAGACUGAUCAGGGAAGGUGGAGUCGAUCCCCUCAUGCGGGGAUUGUUGGGCAGACCGGCCAAACUGCAGAAACAGGACAAGAUGUUACCAGACGAACUGCGGGAGAAACUGUUUGAACUGACCGCUCAUUUAGGCAUGGACCUGGGUGCUCUGAACAUGCAGCGUUCCCGGGAUCAUGGGAUCCCAGGUUACAGUGCUUGGCGGAGAUUCUGUGGCCUUUCAGUUCCCAGGUAUUCCAGUCAGCUUGCUCGUAUCCUCAACAACUAUAAUUUAGCAAGGAGACUCAUCAGCUUGUAUAGAACUGCACAAAAUAUUGACGUGUGGUUGGGGGCAAUCUCUGAACCCUUCGUAAAAGGUGGCAGAGUAGGCCCUUUGUUGGCCUGUUUAAUAGGACAACAAUUCAAGAACCUGAGAGAUGGAGACAGAUUCUGGUGGGAAAAUGGAGGAAUCUUUUCCGGUAGCCAACGUCAGGCUCUUCAAACAAUCUCCAUGUCCAGGAUAAUCUGUGAUAACACAGGGAUUCAGUUUCUUCCUCGGAAUGUCUUUAAAUUCCAACAAUACCCAGAAGGAUAUGUACACUGCAGCGAGAUCCCAAAGGUCAACCUGAGUGCCUGGAAGGAGGAUACACAAGUGACCCCCUGUGGCUCUGUUCCUGUUGUUAAGCAUGCCCAUUUCUCGAUCUGUCAGCCUUCGGUCAGGUAUUCCUGUGAGUCUGGAUUCAAGCUGAAGGGAGGGGAUACGAUAACCUGUCUGAGUAAUGGACAGUGGAACCAAGAACCACCUGGCUGUAUAGAUCUCCAGUCAACUGGACAUCAAAAUGUUCAAAUUAAAAUAUUACAAGGAGGUGAAGGUGGAUGUGGACCAGAAGGGCAUGAGGGAAAAUGCAUUCAAUCUGCAUCAAAAAAUGACUUGGAAAACGUUCAGCUCAAUGAAAACAGUCUGAAACUAAAAAAUGCAAUUCUAUCUGAAAAGAAGAAAAAUGUCUAGAGAGGUUACAAAGGUCAAACAGGAAUAUUUACUUGUCAAAUACCUGGGUGUAUCAAUUUACAUAAUACUGUGGAGUGAGCAGAAGCAUAAUUUUGUAACUAUAAAAUAAAAUUGGGCUACAUUGAGUGUCUUGGGGCAGGAUGCCAAAUAUGGGAGAAAUACUUUAUUGGGAAAUAUCACCCUUCAGCUAAAUUCAGUUUGAACUUGAGAGAGGUUCCUUUAACCUAUUACAGAUUAUUUUUUCAGCCUGCUUACUUUACAGUUUAAUUACUUUGCUUUCUUUCCAGACUUAUAUAAUGAUCUUUACAAGUACAUUGUUAGCAUGAUCUGCCUCAGAGUUUCCUUAGUGACCUGAGCUGGGUAAUCAGGAGUCACUUCUCAGGUCUUUACAAUAAAUAAGCUGAUUUCCAUUCUCCUGAUGUGCAGAACAAAUCAAUCCUCAGGUCUGAUCUUGGGAUCCGGCUUAGUUUUAGAUUCCCAAUAUUAUUUCAGGGCUCCCCAGAGUGAUUCAGCCAAAGAGUUGAGAUGUUACCAAUAAAUCUGUGAGUUACAUUUUCACGAUUGACAUUUCUACCUGUAGCACAUUUCAGACAUGAGCAAUGUAGCAAAAAUCUGUUGUAGGUAAUGAAGACCAUUGCAUGGCAGUGGGAAUAUCUAAUUAUGGACUUCCAUGAGACGGUCUGGUUAGCUUAGAUGGCUAGUCUCUGAUGUAGAACUGACAGCAACACUGUAGGUUCAAUUCCCACACUGACUGAGGUUAGUGUGAAGGACUCCCCUUCUCAGCCUUUUCUCCCACCUGAGCUGUGGUGAACCAUGAAUGAAACCACCUAGUUGUCUUGCUCUGCAGAUCUGGUAAUACUGUGGUGACUCUACUUUCCAUAAGAUUGAAUAUCUAUGUUCAUUUAAGGACACAAUGGUUGGUAUCUUUCACAGUCACAUCUAGUUUCAAUCAUGGAUAUUUUUAACCAAUCUGUACAUUCAUGUUAUGAUGCAUCUUGAGAGCAGGUGAGACUCGCCUUCUCAUCUACAUGGUAAUCCAAAACCACUGCAUCACAACAGGCCUCAAACCAUCUCAUAAUUUGAGAUUCCUAUCCAUGACUGUAAAGGCUAGGACCUAAUUUCACCAUUUGGACACACCACUAUGUAUCAAAUAAAGCUUGAAGUUAUAGUUAUUUUUAAUUAACCUCUUCUGUCAUGUGAUGACACACUUCUGGAGCAGAUGGGAAUUGAAUCCUGGCUUUCUGACCCAGAGGCAGGGACACUUUCACUGAUUGGGAGCAAAACUGAAUCUCGUGGAUUUUAUACGCAACUACUGUUUAACAUUGGGAAGAUAAAAGUUCAGAGGUUGUCUGAUUAAACAAACAAAACGUUCUGCUUGUCAGAAGUUGGUUGGUUGACCUCCUGUGAUAGCUCUUGGCCAAUGAGAAUUCUCCUUCAUGCCCACCAACAAUAUAAAGACGGUAUUUAUUUGAAAGGACUAAGGUGAGAUUUACAAUCUGACAGAUACUUUAUCAGCUUAAUGAUGAGUUCACAAUCCAGACCAUUGAAUGCAGCUCCAGCCCCUCACUCACUAACUCCCCACUGACAGUUCUUCCCCUUCACAGUAUGAGAAUUAUUGACUGUAGGAAUGUUGUUGUUGAUUUCUUCAAUGAUGAUCUUUCUAACUCCAAUGAUUGAUCUAUUUUGUCCAUGUAAAGUUAGUUUGCAUGCUUCUGCUAUGAUCACUUGUUCUUAAUUGGGUUCAGUUAUUAAUGUGUGCAUAAAAUUUAAUAAACUA